CUUGUACCGACUCUUACUUCUUCAGCUAGCUCUCCCUCCGCCGGCGGACUCAAUGCUCUCUGUGUGACUCGCCAGCAGACAGGAUCCUCUUCCUGACUAACUGACCUGAAGCCUCCACAUCACCGGAGUGUGUGGGAGCAUCAUGUGGAGGAAGGCUUCAGUAGCGGUCCUGCUGGCGUUAGCUGUUGGCUAUUUCUACCAUGGCAGUCCGGAUCUGCCGGCGCAGAUUCUGCAGUAUGUCAGCUUGCCAAACUUCCAGAUAUCAUCUGAGAGUCUGAACAGUCAGGACAGCCUGGAGCAGGUGAUCUCCGCUGCCUGGGAGGCUCUGAUAUCGUUACCAACCCGGCAGUGGAGCAAAGUGGCUGUAGGGGUGAAUGCCUGUGUUGAUGUGGUUGUCUCUGGAGUCGGCCUGCUGCAGGCUCUGGCUGUGGAUCCUGGGACCGGCCUGGACCACGAAGUGUUGCACUCCAAAGAGGACUUGAAGGAAGCCUUCAUCCAUUACAUGGGGCGUGGAGCAGCUGCCGAGCGCUUCUUCAGCGACAAGGAGGCCUUUCAGAGGAUUGCACGUGCAGCAGCAGAGUACCCUGGUGCAAAGCUGUAUGUGGGAGGAAACGCUGCUCUCAUUGGUCAGAAGCUUGCCACCUACUCUGAACUGAUGGUUUUGUUAUGUGGGCCAGUUGGUCCGAAACUUCAUGAGAUGCUGGAUGAGCAGAUAGUUGUUCCCCCAGAAUCUCUGCAGGAAACGGAUGAAUUUCACCUCAUCCUGGAGUAUAAAGCAGGUGAACAGUGGGGUUCAACUCAGGCACCUCAAGCCAACCGCUUCAUCUUCUCCCACGAUGUGUCUAACGGGGAGAUGAGCUCACUGGAGACUUUUGUUGCGAGUCUAGAGGAGUUCCAGCCGGAGCUGGUCGUCCUGUCGGGGCUUCACAUGAUGGAGGGUCAGGGCAGAGAGCUGUGGGAGGAGAGGCUCAAAGAGGCGGUGUUAGCCAUAUCUGACAUUCGUAAAGACAUUCCCAUCCACCUGGAGCUGGCAAGCAUGACCGACAAAGACUACAUGAACAGCAUCAUGCAGGAGCAGUUUAUGCCUAUUGUCAGCUCCAUUGGGCUGAAUGAGCAGGAGCUGCUCUUCCUCUCUCAGGCCGGAGAGGGGCCUCAUGCAGAGCUGACCUCCUGGAAAGGCAUCCCAGACGUGGAUCGGGUGAGCGACAUCCUUCUCUGGAUCCUGGAGCAGCACGGCCGCAGCGACCCAUCGUCAGAGGCGGAUCUCACUCGCAUUCACUUCCACACACUGGCCUACCACAUCCUGGCUACAGUGGAUGGAUACUGGGGCAACCAGGCAGCUGCAGUGAUGGCUGGAGCACGGGUGGCCAGCAGUCAGGCUUGUGGCCUCCAGGUGGUCGACAUUAGCAAAGUGGAGCUCAAAGCCCCGCUGGAGUUUUACAGUUCUCACACUGAGCCACGGGAGCAGCUAUCCCUGAACCCAACAGAGCCUGUUACUGUGUGGCGUCGUGGAAACGUAACCUUCCACUUCACACCAGUACUGGUCUGCAAACGGCCGCUUCGGACAGUAGGACUGGGAGAUGCCAUCUCAGCAGAAGGACUAGUGUACUCAGAGCUAAAGACCCAGCAACCCUUCUGAAGUUUGCUUCCAUCGGACACUCCGUUUUUCUGGAAAUUGUAGAUGGGAAGAGCUGAAAAGACCUCAGUCUCACCUGCAGUUGUGACAGUUGGGCGGGAGUCAUGGUUUCUGGUCCAGAUCAUCCUCCCUGUCCUGGUCAGGUUCUGUAUCUUCCUUCUCAAAGCUCCACUGAGUUUAAGAACAUGAUUGACGGUGACAGUUUUAACUCCUGCCUGAUGACUUCUCCAGCCUUCUCCGGUCUCCUCUGGUGUUCCUUCUUUAUGCUCCAGCAGUCACAGAAACUAAGACGGAACUUUACAGAGCUGGAUCUGACCGAGCUGCGCGGUGGCUGGACUCUAUGCACUGGGCACAGCUCAAAGCCAUCCUCACAAACUCCAAAGAGUUUUGUUGGCUCAGCUAAUUUACUUUGACCUGCAUAUCUUCAGUAUGCUGUGCCUUGGAAAUAUACACAAAAAGUUAUUAUUAAGUAGUUUAUUCAUAUUUGAGAGCCAAACAAACAUAAAAUGAAGCCUCACAUCAGUUACCUUCUGACACACAUACAGUAGAAACUGGAAUGUGAUGAGCAUCUUACUAAAUGGUAGAAUCUAGGUGGUAAUCUUGAUGUCUUUGUUUCUUUCCACUUUUGAUGUAUUCACGUUAAAUCAUAACUAGAACACUUGAAAGAUCAUCCUAUUAUGGUCAUCAGAUAUUUCUCAGUGUCUGACUUAUUUACAUGUUAUCUAGAUAUACUUGACAUUUUUCUUAUUUGUCCAGAGACGUUGAAAAUACUAGACUGUGAUAACUUUUUUGUUUUCUCAGUUUGUGACCGAAAAACUCCCACUAUAAAGAUGUUUGAAGUUUGUAAACUCCAUAGCAGCGUUCUUAUUUUUUAACAGAAUAUAAAAAUGUUACACUUAUAAAUGGCAAAUUUAAAUAUGGUUUUGAAGCAGGUCCUCCUUUAUGCAGUAAAGCUCAGUUUACAAUCAAACGCCAGCUAAUAAACAUGAAGAUUCUGUUAUCAAUAAAGGAAGUUAAAGGUGAGUUAAAUUGUCAAAUGGGUUGUAGGUGUUGUCAGGGUUACUAUAGUUGUAUAACUGUUUCAUUUAUACAACCUCUUCUUAGCUUCAGUUCAACCUGUCUUAAAAGAUAUCAUCAUGAAAUGUGAUUGGCUGGAAAAUCUUAGAAGCUGUAUUGCAUAACAAACUGUAAGAAAAGCUCCCUGAUUAGAACUCUAGUAUGUAAGUAAAUAAUGCUUCUUCCUUGGUUGUUUGCUGUUGUUAUCUGUGAACUUAUUUGACGCACCUGCAUCGUGUUAGACGUACAGUAUGUAACUGUCAGAACGUGUUUGUAUACCUCAAAUGGCCGCUCAAGGCAUGCAAUAAUAAUGGAGUCUUAAUGCAAACACAACAAAAAGACUUUUUGUUUAGCAGAAUUGAUUCUUUGCACUAGUCCAAGUGGCAGGUGUGCCUUUAGAGGUGAAUGUAACCUUAACUUGGGACCCCCUUCUGUUUUUUAGCAAGUACAAUCUGUUAGCCUUAAUCAUUUCACAGUUUUUGUCUCAUGUUUUUAACAUUUGUAACUGUUGGAAAGUUCCAUUUACUUGUAGCCUGUCAUUAAAACGUGUGUGGAGGAUGUGUAUGGUU